AUGUCAAAAGUAAGUUUGGAAAUUCUCGACGAAAUUCCAACAAUUGAGGUUAAACGCAUUUGUUUCCAUCACAUUUUAGAAUUACUUAUUGAAACUGGAAUUCUGAUUCCGCAGUUUAAUGCUUUCUGUUUCUUUCUAGGAUAUACGAUCCUAUUUCCAACCUAUUAAAACGAGCUCCAAUAUCGCUCCGUCGAAACCUACUAAAAGACGGAUUAUUUCAUCUGAUGAAGAUGAAGAUGAGAAGCCUCAGUCACCGCUUAAGCGGUCCAAGAAAACAGAGAUAUUGGAAAAGAAGAUAAUCGAUUCUGAUUCCGACAAAAAUAUUAAAGUUCUUUCUCCUGCUGAUAUGUUUGGUAAAACACCAGUAAGCAGGCAAGAAGCACCUAAAAUAUCUAAACAAAAGAAGGAGGCUGAAGGUCAUAAUAAUGAUGAUUUUGAAGCUACUUUAUGUCAAUUAGAUACAUCUGAUAUUGAACAGAAAUAUUUAACUGACACUAAGAUCGAUGAAGAUUCUCAAUUAUCUGAGAGCAGUGUUGAAAAUAAAGGAAAAUCGCCUGUGAAAAAUGAAGAAAAUGAAAAGAAAAAGACAUUUAAUAAACCAAAUCAAGGAAAAGAUAAUAAGAGACAUGAAUCAAAGAAUAAAAAACAUUCUAGUAGUAGUUCAAAUGAAGAUAUUGAACAUAAGACUUCCGAACACAAUAGUAAAUCUAGACAGACAAAGAAAUCUAAAACUUCUACUAUUUGUAAGAUGCAAGUUGAAGAUAAAGAAACAAAGAAAACUUCUCCCAAAAAGAUAGAUACAUCUGAUAUAUAUGAAGAAAAAAUUGAAAAAAGGAAACAACAUGCUGCAAUGUAUCAGCAAUAUCUUCAAAGAGGAGGAGCCAGAAAUCCAGGUUCAAAAGAAAUCCCUGUUGGCGCUGAAAAUUGCUUGGUAGGAUUAAGUUUUGUAAUAACUGGUGUUUUGGAUUCUUUAGAAAGAGAAGAAGCUGAUGAACUUAUUAAAAAAUAUGGUGGACGAAUUUUACAUCAAAUUUCAAAAAAGACUGACUAUGUUAUAGUAGGUGAUCAAGCUGGUCCUACGAAAUUGUCAAAAGCUAAUAGCUUAAAUAUAAAGAAGAUAUCAGAAGAUGAUUUAUUAGAACUAAUACGAACAAGACCUGCUGGUGAAUCUGAUAAUACAAAGCAAUCUCCUGUAAAAUCAAAAGAGAAAUCAAAGAAAAGAUCGAUGGAAUCAGACGAAACAUCAACAUUAAAGAAAGUAAAAAUUACUUCAAAUGAAGAAACGGAAAAGAUAACAAAAAUAUGUUCACCGCGCAAAAAGGAAAGUAGUAAUAAUGAAAUUGAAGACUCCUUGAAAGUAUCGUCACAGAUACAAGAAUUUAAUAAUAAAGAUAUAAAAGUAAAACCUUUGAUUGAGAAGCAACAUAAAGAUCAACAUAAAGAAUCGGUUGUACAAAAUAAAGAAGAGAUAAAUGAUAUAAAAGAUAUAAAAACGAACAUUUCACAAGAUGUAAAUGAAAACAUGCCAGUGCAAGCAUUGGUUGAAAAAUAUAGGCCAAAAACUAUGAAACAAGUACUAGGACAACAAGGAGACAAAAGUAAUGCUAAAAAAAUAUAUACUUGGUUAGUGAAUUGGCAUAAAAAUCAAAGUGGUCAAGUGAAACAUACAAGACCGAGCCCUUGGGCAAAAAAUGAUAAUGGAGCUUUCUUCAAAGCUGCUUUAUUAUCUGGUCCUCCUGGAAUUGGAAAGACUACAACUGUCCAAGUUGUUUGUAAUGAGUUAGGUUUUGAUCUCAUAGAAUUUAAUGCAUCAGAUACUAGAAGUAAAAAGCUUUUGAAAGAAGAAGUAUCAGAACUUUUAUCUAACACUACGUUAAAAAAUUAUUUUCAAGAUGUUAAAAAUAAACCAUCAUUGAGACACGUAUUAUUAAUGGAUGAAGUGGAUGGAAUGGCCGGUAAUGAGGAUCGUGGUGGUCUACAGGAAUUAAUUAAUUUGAUCAAAUCAACUGAUAUACCUAUUGUUUGUAUUUGCAAUGAUCGAAAUAAUCCUAAAAUGAGAACGCUUGCUAAUUAUACAUUUGAUCUCCGUUUUCCAAAACCUAGAUUGGAACAAAUUAGGCUCCUUUUUUAUAUACAGGCUGCAAUGAAAUCUAUAUGUUUUAAAGAAAAUAUUACAAUUUCGAAUGAAGAUCUUGAUCGUUUAAUCGAAUCAACUAAUCAGGAUAUUCGUCAAGUUAUUAAUCAUUUGGCAUUAUUUCUUGGACAAACUGGUUCUCAAGAGAAAAACGAAAAGAAACAUAUAAACAAAGAUUUGAAAUUGGGUCCUUGGGAUGUUGUAAAGAAAGUAUUUUCCGUAGAAGAACAUAAACACAUGAAUAUAAAUGAUAAGAGUGAUUUAUUUUUUCAUGAUUACAACAUAGCACCAUUAUUUGUGCAAGAAAAUUAUUUACUAGUUAUACCGCAAGCUCCAAAAAAUAAAUUGUUAGAAAGAAUAGCAGAAAGUGCUGAAAGUUUAGCACUAGGAGAUAUAGUUGAAAAAUCUAUAAGAAGUAAUAAUGCUUGGUCUCUUUUAUCAGUACAAGCUUGUUAUUCUUCUGUAAUUCCUGGAACAAUAAUGUCUGGUCACAUUGGUGGUCAAAUUAGUUUUCCAGCUUGGCUUGGACGUAAUUCAAAAGCUGGUAAAUUUAAUCGUUUAAUGCAGGAAAUUACUUUACAUGCACGUUUGGCUACUGGUGCAAGUAAGGAGGCUAUAAAUUUAGAUUACAUUAAACCUCUCACAAAUACUAUUAUCAGACCUUUAGUAGUUGAUGGUAUUGAAAAUGUAAAUGCAGCAAUAGAUGUUAUGAACAAUUAUCAUUUACUCAGGUAAAAGCUGCUUUUACAAGGGCAUAUAAUAAAAAUUCUGUAGCUGUACCAUAUAUAGUGAGUGAUACAUCAAAGAAAAAAGCAGUAUCAAGCGUACAAGAAGAUUUCUUGGUAGAAGAGGAAGAAGAAGUGGAUUCUGAUCAAAAUGACGAUAAUGUUGAUACAGAUAAAAUGAUUAAGUAGUUUUGAAUUUGGAUUUUGUGGAUUGUAUUGUUUUGCUUCAAUACAAAGUGCUUUAUGGAAUUGGAAUUGCACCACAAAGCUCACAAAAUAUCUCAUAUACUCAACAUCAGCUAUUAUAUGAUAUUUCGCACCAGGGUCAAAGUCAUCUUCUGAUCGAUCUACUGGAGGUUCAAUGCCUUGAAAUUCUUCAGCAAGAUCCCACCUAA